AGCUGUAUUGUCAAUUCUGUGCCAAAGAACUCUGGCCGAUAUGGAGCUCCUGGAAAAGUUGCAGCUCCCCGACCAGUUAUAGAACCUGUCGGCUCCUCAACUCCUUCCCUCCUUUCGCAAUUGAUCCAGUCGCUAAUCGCCAGCGCCCCGUUCGAUAUGCGAUUGCCUGGCCCACGACACCGGAUUCGGUACUAUGUCACACACUGUCGGUAUCGAAACCUCUCGCGGCGACUUUUCAUCGAUCACUCCGACCGACACCAUCCAGAAAUAUGUCAUCUCCGCCUUUGCCGCCAUCACCUGGUACAAUGCAAUUGAGCUCGUGGUGCUGUGCCUGACAACUUUUCAGCGAUACCAGGGAUGCUAUUUCUGGAGUUUGUUCAUCACCUCCAUCAGUCUUAUUCCUCAUUGCGUGGGAUACCUGCUCUUUAUUUUCUCCUUCGGAAUCUCCCCUUACAUACCCGUUUCCUUGAUCAUCCCAACAUGGUUCUGCAUUAUCACUGGCAAUUCUCUCGUUCUAUGGUCGCGAUUGCAUCUCCUCCUGCAGGCACCGAGGCUGUUACGGGCCCUCCUCGGUAUGAUCAUCAUCGACUGCAUUGUCUUCCAGAUACCCACCACAGUCCUUCUCUAUGGGUCCUUAAAUGAUGCUCCCAACUUCGCCAGAGGGUACGACAUCAUGGAGCGGAUCCAGCUCGUGGCGUUUUCCGUCCAAGAGGCCCUUCUUUCCGGUAUAUAUGUGUGGGAAACCAUUAAAAUGCUGCGUCUUCGCCCGGAGCGGCCGCGUUUCGUCAUCCUGACUCAAUUACUCGUUAUCAACAUACUCAUCCUUAUCCUGGAUGUGGCAGUCGUCGCCAUUGAGUACGCCGGGUACUAUGCGCUGCAAGUCAUGUUUAAGCCCGUCGCCUAUAGCAUCAAGUUGAAAUUAGAAUAUGCGAUCCUGGGCCGUCUGGUCAAGAUCGCUCGCGGAACGAGUGUGUGUUACGACCCCGACCCAUUAUCGCCAAGUGCUCGCGGAUUCAACGUCACUGCAUCGGGAUACGAGGACUCGGGUAGCAAUGGUGCAGGUGUCACUAUUGUUAGACAUGUCAAUUCCGACCCGAUUAUCAGGCGGUGGUCUGGACAAACUCAUGACAGCUUGGGUCCCUGUUAGGAAGAUCCCAGCUCGUUGUGUUAUAUGUCGCUGACUCCAUGGGACCAGUGCAAAUAUGUUUCGCAGAGGUCCGCAAACUAGUGGUUGUAAGAGACCAACCGUGAAAGUGAACAGCUUACAAUGCAAAUUGGAGAAUUCGGCCAUGAAAAUUGGCCGGACAUUGCACACCCUUUAUACCCAACGAUCUGACUCGACGCCUCAAUGCGAUCGCCACUGGCAAUGGCGGGAGACACAUCGAGGUCCGAAGUUGAUUCAAAUGCGGGAGUAUCAAAAAAACUGGUAAUCACCGCAACAUGCAAUGUCUGUUGCUCUGAGCCAUUUGAGGACUCUUCGUUGUGGCGGUCUGAUGAGGACCCGGUCCAUGGCAUAGAAGGCAUAAACCGUUUCGUCCUCAAAGAUCCGUCGCCUGUCGGCCGUCGCUGUGCGCGUUACAACUAGAUGAUGACAUAGAUUAUAGUAUAAUUCAAGAUGA